AUGGGCAGGCCUCCGCGCAACGCCGCGGCGGGGCCCAGCCGACGCAGCGCGAGACCCGCCUCGACCAUCAAGAACGAACGCAUCACUCGCAGCAGCAGAUCCAAGAACAGCCAUGCACUUGACGACCCCGAACAAGUUGAACGCGAUCUCAACGCCCAGCUCAAGCGCAUGGGUCUCUACGCUGCCAACACCACUGGCGACGGCAACUGUCUCUUUCGCGCCCUCUCCGACCAGCUCUACGGUCACUCGUCCAGCCAUGCACAGCUACGUCAGGAAACCUGCGAUCAUCUCGCGGCGCGUCCUGAAAAGUUUGCCGGCUUUGUCGACGACAAGCCUUUUGACCAGUACGUUCGGCUGAUGCGCGAGAACGGCACCUAUGGCGGUCACUUGGAGCUUCAUGCCUUCGCCCAAAUGAAGCAGAAGCAGAUCAAGAUUGUGCAGCCCGGGCUGGUGUACGUUGUGGAAGACGUCGACGACUCGCCCGAAGCGAGACGCGCGAGAGAGCACAAGGAGCAAGAGCGAUUACGCGUUCAGAACACCAUCCAAGCCGGCACCGAGGGCGCCCCACUCACCGAACGGCAACGGCGCAGACAAAAGAGGGAGGACACCAAGCGGGACAAGAAAUCGUCGCAACUCAGUGCCACCGACGAAGCAUCCACAUCAGCGACAACCGCGGCAUCCACAUCAGCCACAGCAUCCGCAUCAGCAGAAGCACCGGCACCGACAGCGACAUCAUCAGAUCCAUCCAUAGCAGAGGCAAGCGACCUCGCAUCCAGCAGCCAAGCAUCGUCGUCGACACUCGCAUCGCCCCGAGAAGCGACAGCUUCCAGCUCGCCUGCCCAACCUGCAGAAGCAUACGGACCCUUGUACAUUGCCUACCACAAUUGGGAGCACUACAGCUCGAUCCGGAAUCUCGACGGCCCGCAUUCUGGCCUCCCACGCAUCAAAGAGCAGAUUAUUGCGGCGGCCGCCGGCUCCGCUGCCGCAGAUGAAGACAGCAAAGCUUCCGCCAAGGGUGCGUCCAAUCCCACGGAGCCAACCUUGGAGGAAAAGAUGGUGCUGCAGAGCGUCAGCGGCGAUCACGACCUCGACGAGAUUCGACAGCUGCUCAGCGAGAACGAAAACAAGUGGGAUCAGGUCGUAGAGCUCAUCCUUGAGAAGGAUGCUGCCAUCGAUGAGGAGGAAGCCGUCGGAGCCGAAUUGCAGGCCCUGCCCUCUUCUGGCGACCUUUCGACUGCGUCCAAUCGACUAGCUGUGCCACCGCCGCCACCGUUGCCGGAUCACAUGCGUCACUGGCGUGCCACUUCGCCUUCUUCCGUCGACACUUCGGCCACGCAUAGCAGCGGUGAGGGCGAUUCACCAUCCACCACCGCUACCACCGACGACGGCGGCGACGUCACAGCCUGCGCUUCCCCCGACGCAUCGAGCCUUUCGCGUGGCAGCACACCUGGCGUCGAGAGGCUCAGCAGCAAGCGGGCCGCCUCGUCCGAUGCCAUGACCAUGAGCAUGAUCCGCAGUCCCAAGCGUCGUUCGCAGAGCAGAUCGCCCGAGUUUGACGCCGAAGCAGAGUCGCAAUCCGGCAAGACGGAAGCGACCACGGCCGCAUCGCAAGCUGCUGCCGAGCCUCGCGACGACGAACCAGAGACCUACGAGAUCAUCAAGCGCGGGCGAGGACGUCCACGCAAGGACGGUCUUCCGAACAAGUCGACCAUCGUACGUCGCGUUCCGACGGCGCGAGAAAAGCGCGACGCAGCUCAAGCACGCAAACGCGAGCGCCAGCUCGAGAAAGUCACUCGAUCUCGUGAAGCAGCCAAGGCCAAUUCCAAGACGGAUAAAGGCGGUGCAGCGGCAACGACCAACCGUCCUUCGCCCGCCGAAGUGUGCGGCUUUCGCGAGCUCAAGAUCUGA